AUGAAAGAAUCGAUUUCAGUGGUCCCAUUUGUGGUAUCGGUGUUGCUGCUAGUUCUAACUAAUUUCUACGACCGUGGCGACUGUUUUUGCUGGGUUAGGCCGGACUACAUUAUUUAUGCUGUCAUCAUUCCGAUUUCUUUCCUUGUCCUGAAUGGUAUUGUAUGCACAGUUCUCGUCUGUGAGCGAAUAUUUCUAUUUAAGAGGAAGCUGAGCAAGUCGGUGAGAUAUCAAGAUCGGCAACUUUUGUCUAAAGUAGUUGCAGUAUUUCUCAUGCAAAUCUCACUAGGAAUGCCAUGGGUCCUCCAGUACCUUACACUAUACUCCCCAUACACUACCUUAUGGCAUUAUGUAUUCACUAUUGUCAUGGGAUCUCAAGGAACUAUACUCGCAUUACUAUUUCUAUAUAAAAGAAGACGUUCCAUGAUCUCCUAUCGUCGAUCGCAUCAUAUGACGCAAGAGCCAUCACGGAAAGAAACGACAACAUCCUAA